CUACAGUUUACUUUUAUGUACUGCUUUGUCGGCGCCCCGCUGCUAGUAAUCUGUGACUUUAGUAUUUAUUUUAGUUUAUUGGUCUCUGGUAUUUACUUUCAAAACCUACUUUUUUGCACAAUAUUUACAUACCUAUUUUACCCAGAUGGUGUUGAUAUGGAUGAAGAAUAUGGCUAUGAUGACGGCCCUAGAUUUCAUCCUAUCCCAAAAUUCAACAGAAAUGACCGUUAUGGGAAUGCAUAUGGUAAUUAUCGCGGAGGAUAUGCUCGAGGUGGGAUGUCGAGACCUCCAAUGAGGCCAAUGGGUCCACCUAUGCAAUCAGUGCCACCAUUAAGAUGGGGCCCAACUCCCCCAGUUCCUCCGCCUCCUCCAACGAUAAAAUCAACACUUGAGGAUAAAGCAAUUAGAUUUUUGGCACGUUGCGGUGUAUCUAAAGAUGCUGUAAAGAACUACCCAGAACAAUUACUCCUUAUGUUUGCGCCGGAUCAUUGCGGGUUGUGUUCACAAGAUCUUGAUUCGUUUAAUACUGCUCGUUUGCAUUAUCUUUCGAAAGGUCACAUGAAGAAUCAAAGAAAAUGGCUAUCCAAACAUUUUAAGGGUUGCGUUCGUCCAAAAGAGAUACCGCUUAAAUCUCGCGACCUGUACUGCGAACUGUGCGACAUUCAAAUAACGUCCAAACAACACGCCGACUCUCACUAUGAAGGAAGACCGCAUCGCGCAACUGUCGAAGGACGGAAGGAACCAAGGAAUAAAGCAUUGACUCUCUUAAAUAUGCAGGACCGGCUGGCACAAUUAAUUCGUCGCGAGAAGAAAUUCAUAAAACCCAACAACGAAGCGGCAAAAGCCGUGGGUGGCAAACCUAAGGAAACGAAGGAGAUUCCACCGGAACUGUGCUGCAAUAUUUGCAAGACCACAGUAACGUGCUCCGAUCAAAUGACAACACAUCUCAAUGGAAAAAGACACCUUGCUAAAGAGAAACAACAUAUUUUGAAAAUGAUGAAAAGUGGAAAAGUAGUUGAAAUCAGUGAGAAUGCUCAGAGUGCUGCCAAAAAUGCCGAAGAAAAAGAGGAGAAGGAAGUUAAAGGUGACGCUGAAAACGACAGUAAAGAAAAAGAGGACUUUGACUGGGGCAAAGGCAGUGAGAGCUGGGAGGAAAAUACCACCAAGGACGCUUCGUUAGAUUAAUCGAGUAACAGCACUCCCUGCAGGAUUUCCAAUUCCAUUCAUCAGAUCAGGAUUUCCAUUUCCAAUUCUAAAAAUGUAAACGGAUAGGCAUAUCUAAGGUAUUUAAGUAAAUAUCUAAGAGUA